AUGGCGAAUCUCAGCGGAACUGCGACCGUAAGCCGGACAAGGUCGACGAGGGUCGCAUCAAGCGCCGCCGCCAAUGGAUCCGACCGCAAGCUGGCCCCGAGCGCUUCCCUCCGUGGGAAUCGCGCUGCGGGAGGGCCAUCCGCGACGACAUCGACCACAACCACCACCACAACAACAAUGCCACCACCAACCUCUGCGCCAGCCCCAACAACCAUCCCCUUAAGCCCCCCACCCCUCCUCUCCCUCUUCCUAACCAACCUCCGCCUCCUCAACCUCGACCGCCGCCCCGACUGGCCCGACCUAACCCUCUCAACCUUCACCAGCACACCCCGCGACGGCACCAGCCAAAAACGCCGCGUCCAAGCCGUCGAAUGGGCACUCUACCACCUCUUCCGCCUCUGGGACGCCGACGAGACACGCGCAAAAUUACAGCCCUUUUUCCCGCCGCAGGAUCAGGUGCAGUCGGUCAAUUUACGGGCGGCGCUGCUAAGGGGGUUGGAACAGGUUAAGAAGAGUGGGGUUUUGGGACGGGAGGUGGUGGUGAGACGGGGGAUGUUGGAUGAGUGUAAGGGGGAGAGGUUGGAGGAGGUUUUGGUGGGGUUGUCGGCUGCUGUGUUGAGGAAGGUUGUUGCUGAGAAAAGCAGGGGGAAGAAGGGGAGAGGGGGAUAUGCGCCGGCGGCUGUGGCGGAGAGGAUGGCGUUGGAGGGUACUGGUGGGAGGACUGAGAUGGGGGUGUUGGUGCUGGCGCAUAAGGUGUCGUUGAGGCGGAUGUUGGAGGAUAAGAAUGCUGCGAGGGUGAGGUUUAGGGAGUUUUCGGACUUGUUGGAUGCGAAGGAGAUGGGUCUAGUGAGGAAAAGGGGAGAGUUGGAAGCAGCAAAGCGACGGGGCCGAGACCAGGCGGUUGCGGAGGAGAAACAGCGCGAGGUGUGCCGUGUCGUGCGGAAUAACUGGACCGGGGACGAGCGAUGGUUGGAGGCUCUGUUGUACGGCGACAGUCAGUCUCACAAAGAUGGAGUCCUCACAGCCCCGUAUGACAGGGUGUGGAGGCGGAUGCAGACCGGCCGGCUGGCUGAACUAGAAGAUACGUUUGGUGGUCUGGUCGGACAGCUUGAGGGCCGGGUAAGAGGACAGCAGGAGAGGUUACAGAAGUGGCAAGGGUUUCGGCAGCGCAUGUUUGGGAAAGCCGGGGCUGGGUCGGCAAGGAAGGGUCAGGAAGAGCAAGUGAAGCAGAGGGGGAUUGAUCUCGGGUUCAGAGCCCACGAGACUCUACGCUUGGAUCGGAUGAGCCCGAAGAAACUACCGCGUGCCGCGCCGAAGCAACUUGACAGUCACUACGAGGCGCUGGUCAAGGGUCUUCAGGCGGACCUGGCCAAGAUCAGCCCACCUACGCAGGCAGUUCCAUCGUUUUUUGAGCGCCCACAACUGGAACGGCCAAGGGUGAGGACAGAAGAAGAUCUCUCUGGAUCGGAAGUGAUCUCGGAGAUUAGCGAUAUCGAGCACGCCGAGCUCCCUCUACGCCCGUCGCCGUCUCGCCGCGAUCCGAUCAAGAUGUCGGAGGAGCGCGCCUUUGAGCCCGUUUUGCGAAAGGCCAAGACCUUUGAUGACGAGCACCACGCGUUCUUGGAGACAGAGCCGCUGACGCCGUCCCGUAUCAAAAGGGCUUCGACAGUCCAUACUCGGGCUUCACCAACUAGGAGACAAUCAAUCCAGAAAUCUCCGACAAAAACGGCCCCAGAGAGGAGACUCAGCGCUGCCUCUAAAGCCAAACCACCCCCGACUCGUCUACCUGCCUCUCCUCGUCACCAGCAAUCCCCGUCAUCUUCACCACCCCAAUCCACCAUCCCCUCCCCCGAACCCCCUUCCUCCCCAGAAGACCGCUCCAUCUCCCCCACCCAAGACCUCGCCUCCGACAUCCUCACCUCAUCCAUCCCAGCCUCCCCAUCACCCCUAAAAAAGGUCCGCCGAACCCUCUCCCUAGCCGAGCGCACACGUCUAUCCAUGGCACGCAAGACCUCCCUCUCAAACCUCCGCGUGCCGGUAGACGAGGAUGCCUUCGACGAAGAAACAGACACCGGGCCAAGCAGAGAAGACAGUGAUGGGGAGUAUGCCGACGAUACUGUCCUCGUGGCACCCAGCACGCCGCAACGUAAUCACCGCCUUCCGUACGAAGAUCUUGCCGCGCGCACGAGGCGUAGUAUAGCCAACUCGGAGCCUGCAAGACAACGAGCGCAGCUUGAGAGACGGCGCUCUUUGCGGCCGCAGAACCAGCAGCAGCAGCAGCAGCAGCCGUCAACGCCGACGGGUACAAGACGGGGUAGUUAUUUCCCUGCUGUCGACGAAGAGGGGGACGGAGAUGGGGACGGAGAUGGGGAUGGGCAGAACACGACGCUGUUGCUGACAGAGGCGUUGUUGAAUGCUGGGCGGGAGGAUGAUUAUGAGGCGGUGUUUAUGAGUCGGCCCAAGUUGAAGACUAGUCCGGUGGGGACGCCGAGGAGGGAGUAUUGGGAUUGA